AUGUUGGCAACUGGGCAACCCCCAGUGGCCCAGCAACAGCUGUGUGGGAUUACCGGGCCCUGCACACAGCUGAGGGGGCCAGUGUACGCCAGGAUUGAGGUUGGCAGCACGGAGGAGCGACUUCUUGUCUAUGUAGCAGAUGUCGGGGAGAACUUGCUUGGCUUAGACUACCUCCAGCGGAGCAGGGCGAUGCUAGACUUCGGGAAAAUGACCAUGGCGGUCGGAGGCAACGUAGUGCCGUUGCAGGAGAGCGGUGGUGACGCAGUAGAGCGUGAAGUUUCAAUUGAAAAUCACCAAGCCCAUACUGCACCCUCACCCGAAGCCAGCCACUGCUGCCGUCUCGGUGAGGAACAGGAGGAGGAAAGUCUCAGGUCGGGUGGGUGUGAAGGUGUACAGAUGACUAUGGACCCGGAAGGUCACUCCGAGGACACGCAGGAGAGUAGCACUGGAGUUCCACCUCAUCUGUGGGAAUUGUUGCAGAGGAGUUCAGCAUGCCUGUCCAGGGAACAGGUGGACGAGGUGAAGAAAGUGCUAACUCUAUAUGCAGAUGUCUUCUCGAAGGGAGAUCAUGACUUGGGCUGGACCAGUCUGGUUAAACACCACAUCCACACAGGGGAUAGUCGGCCAGUCAAGUUGCCGCCCCAGAAAAUCGCGCCAGCUCGAUGGCUGGAGGUGGAAAAGGCCGUGGAGGAGCUGCUCGAGCAAGGGAUAAUCAAAAAGUCGUUUAGUCCCUGGAGUGCUGCUGUCGUGCUUGUUAAGAAGAAGGACGGGUCCACCAGCUGUUGUUUGGACUACCAGACCCUUAACACGGUUACGACAAAGGACUUGUACCCCCUACCGAGGUAG